AUGCCUAGCUCUACAAGAACUGGUGAACUACUUUACAGUCCGAAGAUUGAAAAAGAAGCAAAAAGGUUGAAAAAGUUAGUCAAACAAGUAAAACAACAACUCGUUCAAGCUUUUUCCUCUUCUUCACUAAUCAACAUAGAAGAUCAAGUUCAUACUUCAAGUGAUACCGACACCAAACCGAGUUCUCUAAUUUUUGGUCAUUCCUUUGAAGACAUUCUGUUUGAAAACUACAUAACCAUGAAUCACACUCCACCUCAUAAUCCCAACCCAAACCCAAACAAUCAAGAUGCCAAUACCCCACCUCAACAACCAAGACAACAACAACAACACCAAGAACCUCUCAUAUAUAGGCCACCUUGGAAUCAAUCCCCUCCUCACCCAAAUCAACCCAAUUAUCAACAACCACAACCACAAAACCAUAACUUCCACCAAAACCACCAACCUCAAAACAAUGCUUUUCAAGUUCAACAACAACAAGCACAUCAACCAAAUCAACCCAAUUACCAACAAUCUCCAAUGUACUAA